UACGAAUGUAUAAAAGGACGUGGCAUGGCGCUCUUGUAUCUUUUUAAAGCAAAAAUGGCGGGGAAAGUAGUGUUUUUGGCGCUUGCGUUAUCAAUUUGCAAGGUCAAAUCACAAUCAAUUGGCUGCUGUUCGCCGUCAUCAAACAUUAAUGGACUAAAAGCAUCACCGCAGCUCCAGUUUGUACCAGGGCAAAAUUUUAACCUUCAAGCUAUACCCUUUUCACAAUUAAUGCCACAGUCACAGGGGUCACAAUGUCAAGGGUCGAAUCUACAGAAGGCUCAAUCAGUGGUCAGUGCUCCAAAACAAAAUAUCCAAGUAUCUUCUCUACCGCAGAUUUCAUCAUCUUACGUCCAACCCUCCAAUGUACAAUCCUCUCAACCCUGCCCUCAAGUCAUCACCACCCCAGUAUCCGCCAUCACCAUCCCCCCCACGGCUUGUACUACCGUCAUCGACUGCUCUCUGUCCAACGCCUUAGCCAACGCUUUACAAAUGAUGAUCGCCAACGACUUUAUCAACUCCGCUAUCAGCAAUAACAUCAUCAAUCAGGACAGUCUCUCCAUACCUGUCGUGGAAACCUCCGUACCUAGUGUUGACCUUAAUUCUUUCAUUAGGAACCUUAACGCUAACCAGCUAAGCGGGGUUGAAAGUCAGACUGCUGUUCCGUUUUAUGAACCUGAACAAACAAACGAUGGCUAUGACUGGGAACGACUGCUAAGUUAUUUAAACGAAGACAAAAAGAAGGAACCUGAACCAGAAAAUAAAUACGAUGCUUUCUUUAAGUAUUUAAGAGAAAAGGGUCAAACUGCUGAUCAGAUCACAAGACAGCAGCCAGAAGUUCCAAGCUUCACGCCAUCUGUUCAAAACCAAGAUGACAAUGGUAUUCUGCAGGCUUUAGCAGCAUAUUUUGGCAAUAAUAAUAGUGAUACAAGCCCAAGAUAUGGAAACGCAGCUGAAGUUGUGUUUCCAGAAGAGAUUCCAGCGCAGUUGAUCUGUAAUUAUGGAUAUAUGCCAACAACAGUGCCGGUUGUUAGCUUCUCUGUUCAACCACUAGAUCCUAAUUGUAAUUUUGUCGUUGGUGCUGGUGGUCAAACUUAUUAGUUAAAGCAAGUACUCUUCAAGAGGCAUGCGUUGUUUUUAAGUUGUUGGAAUUUAGACAUUAUUACAAUCAAUCAAAUUUAAAAUUUAAAUGACGUAAUCGGUCGGGAGCCGACGGCCUACCUGUUAACAUGUCGAAUAGGGAACACUUUUUGAUCAAUGAAGAUCUUACUCUAAACUUUUUUUCUGCUACCAAAUAAUUGCUCACUCAUCUCUACAUACGUUGUUUAUUUCUCGAUUCUUUUUUGAGCGAUACUUAAUAAAAAAAUAUAUAAUUUGUGCGUCUGA